CCAUUUUAGAACAUCCUCACGCACGCACGCACAGAAUUUUCUUAGGUGAUUAAAAGUGAGUGAAAAUUGAGAAUUUCCACACGCGUCGCACGCUAUUGGUCACAAAGCCAGUGAGAUAGCUGUCACUGCCACCGCUGCAGCAUUUUUCACGCGCUCCUGGCCAGAAGGAUAUGAGCGCGCCGAGCAACAAAAUGUCGGCCACCGAUCAGAUGCGAGCAAUGCUGGACCAGCUUAUGGGUACCACACGGAAUGGCGACGAGCGCCAACUGAAAUUCUCGGACCCCAGGGUCUGCAAGUCCUUUCUGCUCGACUGCUGUCCGCACGACAUCCUGGCGUCCACGCGCAUGGAUCUCGGUGAGUGUCCCAAAGUGCAUGACCUGGCUUUCCGCGCAGAUUACGAAAGUGCCGCCAAGACGCGCGACUACUACUACGACAUUGAGGCCAUGGAACACCUGCAGGCCUUUAUUGCCGACUGCGAUCGACGCACCGACUCCGCCAAGCAAAGGUUGAAAGAGACCCAGGAAGAGCUGACCGCCGAGGUGGCUGAGAAGGCCAAUGCUGUCCAUGGCCUCGCCGAGGAGAUUGGCAAGAAGUUGGCCAAGGCCGAGGCCCUGGGCGAGGCCGGCGAAGUGGAGGACAGCAUGGAGCUGAUGAAGGAGAUCGAGGAGCUGCGUGCUAAGAAGAUCAAGGCCGAGCACGAGUACCGCACAUCUAUGCCCGCAUCCACCUACCAGCAGCAAAAGUUGCGCGUCUGCGAGGUAUGCUCCGCCUACCUCGGGAUUCACGACAAUGACAUACGUCUGGCGGACCACUUUGGUGGUAAGUUACAUCUCGGAUUCCUCACUAUCAGAGAAAAGCUGAUCGAACUGGAGAAGACGGCGGCGCCGCGGAAGGCGGAGCUCAAGCGGACGGGUAAGAUGACGGACCGCGAGGACGAGGGACGCGGACGCAAUCGCUACUUUGUAGGUGGUCGUGAACUGGACCGCCGCUCUCGCGUACAUCGUUCCCGCUCCAGAGAACGACAGCGCAACCGGGAUGGGGACCGCGAACGCCCCAACAACGGACGCGGUCCUGAGGAGAAGGGGAGUGAGCGACCCAAGGAAGCGGCAGAUGGUCCGGAGCGAGCCGAAAGGGCACCAGAUCGUGGAGGACGGCGAGAUGACAGGGACAACCACGGCAGGGAUCAUCGCGAACGGGAACGCGAUGGCAGGCGGGAUCGGGACCGACAUGGACGCAACGACAGAGGACGCUUUGGUGACAGAGGCGGCGGUGGAGGAGGCGGUGGCCAUCACCGUGACGACAGACGCCGCUCAAGGUCCAGGGAACGCUCGCCACGCGAACGGCGGAACUUUAACCACUUCAGGGAUGGUGGUGGCGGCGGAAAUGGCCAGCGCAAACGAUCCUACUCCCGUGAGCGCAACUACCGCCGCUAGGCUAGAAUCCCGCCCAGCGCACGUACGUAGCAUUAAUCACAUGAACUAUAAUGCCACCACAAAUUGAACUACUGAAAACAACAGGAACCGAAUAUUCUUAGCGUAACCAAUAAAGCAACCUAGAGCCACACUUUCGACGCUCCAAUAUGAAGAUACAACUACCUUUGUACAUUUUUAAUAAUUUAAUUGAUUUCUAUUUUUGAUCUUGCGUUCCAACCUCUAAUGACAAAUUUUUGUUACUACCCCAAAGUAAACCGAACGCAGUCCAAGACCCCAGCCUCAAUAAAAACUUUAAGAGAAACGAUAUACUCGAUAUAAUGCGAUUGAAAUUAUAUAGUCCCCGUCCAGUCCAGUGUACUUGGCACGUAGAGACAGAAACCCAAACAGAAAAUAGAAAUCCCAACGAAUCGGCAGUGUUGUCAAUUAAAGUUCAGUUCAUUGUAAUUCGGUUAGGACACAGCGGCAGUCAAGUUAAAGAUAACUAAUUUAUAAGGAUUCAGAGCAGGAGAAACGUUUAAUAUAUGAUAUUUUGUGUGUUGUAUAGCUAGCUACAAGUUGGUAACAUUGACUGAAACCCAACCAAACCUGACCACAUUCGACCAUGUACUCUUCUCAGCUAACGAUCACGUUCACCCAGUCGAAGUCAACGUGUGUUGUGCAUCGCUGUCGUCCCGCUUUGGGGUAAGCCUCCACCAUAUUUAACUCUGACACACUCCAUCACUGCUCUGAUUUGAUUUCAUUUGAUAUGAUAUGAUUUGAUUUGAUUUGUAACCCCAAAGCGUUCUCUACUUGAAGUUCCGUUCCACACUUUCGCAGCCGCUUAAACUCUCGCACAGCUUCGGUACGUAUUGAGUAUGGCGAGGUGACUAUAUACAUUAUACCAGACCAAUGUUAGUUGUUUUGGCAGAUAUGCGUAUUACAUAGAUAAUCCAGAUAAUAUAGCUUGGGUACGUAUCCAUACCGGCCGACGACGUUUCCUUUUGAAUCGUCGAAUGAGAGUGUCGUUUAUUUAUUCGGUUCUGGGUACGUAUUAAUGUUAGAAGAUCACGACUGUGGUACGUAUACAUAUAACGACUAUAAUGGUGCCCCAUAAGCAAGCCAGGCUCUCUAGGGUUCUCGGCGAUCCAGAUCCCAACGUACGUAUUUCUCCUCCUCCUUUCUCUCUCUCUUGAAAAUAAAUAAUAAAAAAUACAAUCACCACAAACCAAAAUAAAUUUUAAUCUCGUAGCUGUUUAGAGGCAAUUGAAUUAAAAUCCGUUUCUUACUAAAUCUCUGUUUAUCUUGCCAAAUGGUACUUGAACCACUGUAAUGAUGAACUCCAAUUAAGAACACAAGUCCGUUUUAAGUUGAAGGCAGCCGUCGGGCUGACAUAUAUUUAUUCAAUUUCUUCUUUUGAUUUUAGAGUAGGCAGAAAUGGUUCUGUCAGCUCAACGUCUACAGAGUCUCUCUGAUUUUACAGUUUUUUAUAUAUUUUGACUUAGGCUAAUCCGCGUAGCUGCGCUGCCGGGUACGCCAGCAGCGGAGCGGCGUUCUUAUGUAUAUCUUAUAUAUCUAGGCUUAUCGGGAGAGCGAGAUAUGUAUGUACGUAUGUAAUAUGUAUUUGGUCGGCGUGUGAAUGCUGACCAUGCACUUAUACUUUUUGCCUUCGAGUGGGUGAUCAUGUUACAUCUGCCCUGGCCUAACUGCGUGCAUAAACAUAAACAUAAACAUAGCAACAAAGUGCUGCCAUAAGUUAAUAUGCUAUUUUAUUUAAUUGUUCUUAAUAUUGCAUAGGCACAUACUACAUCUCCCUCCUUUUGAAAAAUAACGUAACCUAGUGAAGUUAUUUUGAUUAUUAAAUGCAAAUUAUUUUAUUUUUAUUUUUAUUUUGUUUGUGUUUUUGUUUGAACAACAAUAGUUGAUUUUAUAAUGCAAAGAUAAAAAUAUACGUAGUGUAUGGAAAAUUUGUAUAAAUGAUUAAGGAAAAUAUAAGUUUAAAUUCAAUCAUGAAUGAAAUUUCUUUAAUCUAUCUUUAUGAACUAUUUGUUUUUUGUUUUUAUUAGUAAGUAGCGUAAUAUUGUUAUUAUCUCCUAUGCUUUCUAUCUUAUAGGGCCCCGUAUAUUUAAAGUCUAAUUUAUGACCUACCUCAUUUCUUAGUAAAACUUUAUCUCCUACUUCUAAUUCUAUGUCUUUUACUUUUAAGUCAUAAUUUUCUUUAUUUUUUUCUUUGUGUGCUUCAAGAAGUUUUCUUGCUCGAGCAUAUGCUACCUCUAACCUAUAUUUACUCUCCUUAGCGUAAUCAUCUAUGUUAUAUAUUGGUUCUAUGCUAUGUAGUUUAUUAAAAUGUUUUGGUAAAUUACUUGUUCUACCGAAAACUAAUUCAUAUGGACAAUAAUUAUGUACCAUAGAUUGGGUCGUGUUGAAGCAGUAUACGAAAUAUUGAAGCCAUACGUCCCAAUCGGUUUUGUCCGUCGAUAUGUAGGAUCGUAUAUACUCGUUUAAAGUUCUAUGACUUCUUUCUACUACUCCAACUGUCUGGUGGUGAUGAGCUGUUGAUGUUAUAUUUUUUAUUUUCAAAUAUUUACACAGGUCAGUAAUUAUUGAAUUCUUAUACUCUGUUCCCAUGUCCGUUAUGAACGUCUUCAUUGGACCGUACUUUAGAAUAAAAGAUUCAAAUAUAGCUUUUGCGACUGUUUUUGCGCUUUUAUUUGCUAUUGGUAUGGCAACUAAGUACUUGGUUAAAUCACAUAUGAGAGUGACUGCGUACUCGUUACCAUUUUCUGACUUGGGUAGUGGACCAAUUGUGUCCACAACAACUCUAUCGAAAGCAUGUUCUGGUGUUUCAGUUAUCGUCAUUGGAGUCUUUGUGUGCUUUGUUGUUUUUGCUUUUUGGCAUUUUUGACAUUUUCUUACGUACUCUUUUAUGUAUUUACUCAUAUUUUUCCAGUAAUAAUGUCUUUUGACCUUGGCCAAGGUUUUUGUAAUGCCUGUAUGCCCUCCUUGUAUUGGAUCAUCAUGUAAUGUAGACAAUAUAGCUUCUUUUUCUUUUUCAUUAUUUAUUUGGGUCACCGGGUUAAGUAGCGCUACUUUUAAAUUCUUUAAUAUUUUAUUGCCCAUAUUUUUAAAUUUAUCUAUUGAAACGUGUUCAAAGAUUUUUUUCCACGGUGCCAUUUUGAUUUGGCUGAUAUCAUAUAUACCGGCCUGCAAUUCAAGCCUUUGGAGAAAUUGAUCUAAAUCAAGAAUUCCAUUAGUAUAAAGAUCACCAACAUCAUAUCUUGCAAUAAUUUUCUUUCCAUGUUUAAAUAAACAUAUCGAGUCAUUCAAUUGCAAUGUCACUACUUUUCGUACCUCGUCAUUUGUUAUGACUUCGUAUACGUUGGGCUCUGAAGCUAUUUCUUUGGUUUGCUUUUGCAAAUCCAAUUGUUCUUUUCCUGCGCAGGAUUUUUGUCUACUUUGAAAUCUUGUAGUGACUUUUAAUAUAUUUCCAGUUAUAUCUUUUAGCUCUUUGAUGGUUAUUCUUGAUAACGCAUCUGCUACAUGAUUGUCCUUGCCCUUUAGAUACUCUACUGUAAAAUUAUAUUCCUCUAGUUCAAGCCUUAUUCUAGUUAAUUUAGAGCUGGGGUUCACCAUCGAGAAUAAAUAUGUCAAUGGUCUAUGGUCUGUUUUCACAGUGAAAUGUUUUCCGUAAAUGUAUGGUCUGAAAUGUAUUAUUGCCCAAUGAAUUGCUGCUAACUCUUGUUCUGUUGUACUCUUAUUGCUUUCACCUUUCGUAAAAGCUCUGGAUGCAUAAGCAACUGGGAGUUGGUGGCCAUUAUGGUUUUGAGUUAAAACUGCGCCACACGCUUGCUUGCUUGCAUCUGUUGUUAUGCAAAAUUCUUUGCUGAAGUCUGGGUACUGCAAGAGUGUUGGGUUAAUUAGCUGAGAUUUUAAAUGUAUGAAUGCUUUUUGACAUUCAUCUGUCCACUCGAAUGGAACAUUCUUUUUACAUAAUCUUGUUAUGUGCCGCGAAUAGUCGGCGAAAUUUUUGAUAAAACGUCUGUAGUAAUUGCAAAAUGCUACAAAACGUCUAGCGCUGUCCGCAUCAUGUGGAACUGGGUAGUUCUGAAUGACAUCAUAUUUUUUGUCAUCCGGCAAAAUUCCUUUGUCUGUGCAUUUGUGUCCCAAAAAUGUGACUUCAUGCAUGAAAAAUGAACAUUUUUCAGGAUGUAACUUUAGGUUGUAUUCCCUGCAUUUACCAAAAACUUCAGUGAGGUUUUUAAGCAUAUGUUUUUCGGAACAACCUAUGACUAUUAAGUCAUCCAUAUAAAGGAAUGCUUGAGACGGUUCUAUUCCGGAGAAUGCUAUAGUCAUCAUUCUUUGGAAUGAAUUAGGCGCUAUUUUUAAGCCAAAUGGCAAUCGCGUGAAACGAUAUGAGCCAUUGCUGGUUGAGAAAGAUGUUAUAUCUCUCGAGCCUUCAUCCAGUUCGAUUUGAUGAAAACCUGACAUUAAAUCAAGGCAGGAGAAAUAUUUUGCCCGACCAAGUUGGUCCAAAAUAUCAUCUAUUCUCGGUAGUGGAAAUUUGUCAGCUAAAAGUUUCUUAUUAAUUUGGCGAUAGUCUAUUACUAAUCUCCAUUUCUUUUUAUCAGAAUUCGGGCUUGACUUUUUGGGUACUAAUAGCAAAGGGCUAUUGUACUGUGAAACUGAUGGUUCAACUAUUUUAUCUUUUAUUAAUUUCUGAACUUGGGCUUGUAUUUCUUCCACUUGACUAUGAGGACUUCUAUAAUUUUUCGUGUAUACUGGCUCAUCAUCUUUUAAUCUCAACUGUUGUUUAUACAAAUUAUUAACUGUUAUAGGUUCUGAUUCUAAUGCAAAUAUAUCUAUAUAUUCGCUGCAUAUAUUUUCUAAUUGUGAUUUAAACAAUUCGGGGAAAUUUUUCUUUAAUUGAGAUAAGACAGUUUUAUUUCUGUGUUCACUAUUUGCCUGAACUACAUUGUAGUUCGAAAGUGGCUCAUAUUUUAGAGUGUCCAUAUUGACUAAUUGGUCGGAAUCGGUUGUAUUUAAAAUUCGGACAAAUGUAUUACUUGAUGUUGCGAUUGUAUUUGCAACAUAAAUACCAGUUUGAAUUUCCUGGUUUGGAAUUAAAAUGUUAUCAUCUUUUGAUGAUACUAUUAAUCUUCGGACAACUUGGGAUCUUGCUGGUAAUAACGUUGUGUUAAUACCAGAGCUGUAUGCUAUGGGAAUAUAUAUUGGAAAUUUCAAAUUGUUUGGUCUAAUUAUAAACCAAUCUUCUUCUUGGUUUAAAUCGAUUUGGCAAUUAUAUUUUUUUAUGAAAUCUAUUCCGAUUAUUCCAUCACACGGUAUUGGAAAGUUUUUAUCUACUAAAUGAAAAUCGUGUGGGAUAACGUAUUUACCUGUCUGUAUCUCAAUAAAAGUCUGUCCUCGAGACUGAAUUUUCUGUUGGCCUAUGCCUUGAAUGUUUAUUUUAUUGGUUAUUUGAAUAUUAGAAAAUUUGUCAGAGUUCUCUUUGAGAAUAGAGAUAUCUGCACCUGUAUCAAGUAGAAAAACUAGUUUUACGCCUGUUUUGGCAUGAAUGAAUGUAGAAAAUAUGUUGAGAUUAUAAUUGAUGGUGUAUACUCUACGAUCUUCUUCUACUGAGUACCUAAAGGCUGUUGCGAGUUUCCCUGUUCUUGGAUUACUCGUACAUUGGCAUUGUUUCUGUUGUAGUUGUUCUGACUGUUGUUACGGCCUCUGUUUCCAUUAUAACGGCCUCUGUUAUAGCCAUUAUAACGGUUAUUAUUUCCAUUAUAGCGGUUUUGAUAACCGUUAUUCUGGUAACCGUUAUUUUGGUAACCGUUAUUUUGGUAACCGUUAUGGUAGUUGCCUCUAAUACUAUUGUUAUUAAAGCCUCUACCGCGGUUACUACCUCUAUUGGCAUUUCCGUAUCCUCUAUUGGGUCUGUUACCUCUAAAGUACAUCACUUUAUUGAUGUCACCGGUAACUCUUGUACUCGUUCUUAUGUAUGCGCUUAUCGCUGCAUCCAUAGUGGUGCAAGUCCCUGCUUCCAGUACUGUUUUGAUACUUUCGUGCUCAGCACGAUGUAUCAUGGUUUCAAUUGCCUCUUUGGUGCUUAGACCAGUGGCAUGUUCUAGAGGUAUACCCUCAUCGAUAUAGGAAGCUUCUAAAAGUUUUCUCAGGCUAUCAACUUCAGCGGUAAAUUGCGUUGCAGUUUUACCUCUCUGCUGAACUGUUGCUAGCUUUGCUUUGACAUUACUGGAUGUCUCACCGACAACUACUUUCUGCAAUUUGUUUAUAAUUGCUGGAAUUGUCGUUUCAUUGUCAACUGAGUUCAAAAUUGUGCCAACUAUUUUUGACUUAAUGACCUCAACUGCAAUGUCUUCAAAUGGUCCCUUAGCUAGGUCUACCAAUUUGAUUGCCUUAAUGAAUCUUUGUAAAUGGAUCUUUUGCCCAUCAAAUUCUGGCACUGUGCAGGCGACUUCCCUAAUGUAAGACCUAAUGGCAGCUGCUUCUUCUGCCAUGGUUAAGUUAUUUUCGGAGUCGGCUGCGUUAUUUGUUUUAUCGUCGUUCUUCAGCAUUAAUUUUGCUGGUAUAGUUAGAUCGUGAAGAUCUUCCUCUUUAAUGUCUUCCUUGACUAUAGUCCUAUCUUCCUCGUCAGAGUUAGUGCUGUCUUCAUUCAAAUUUAUUCUUAGUGGGGUGUUUACUAUGGUUGGAAUUUCUAUCUGGAGACUGAAUUUAUUUUUUAUAAAUAUUAAUUUUUCUCUUAAUGUCACCAGUAGGUUCAAAGCCUUAGCACACUGUUUGCGUUCCAAAUUCUUUCUAUUUUGUUGGAUCAACUCUCUGAUUUCAUUAUAACUAUUUACCAAGACUUGGGCAUUCCUAUUGAUUGUUACAGCUUGUGUUGAUCUGUUUUGCGUUAAGCACUUAUAGGAUUUUCUGAAAUUUUCAUUUUGAUCUUUUAUCUGAUCAACAAGCUUUUCCCAGUCCAUGCUGUGGUAUACUCAUAACUUCAAAUUUAUUCAUUUGUAUAUAUUUUUUUUUUAAUGUAGAUAAAUUCAAUAUUACGUUUUAUAUUUUUUUUUUUAUUUAUUAUUUUUUUUUUCAUAUAAUUUUUCUCAUAUUUUCAUUCAUAAUUGACUUUAUUAAAGAUCUUCCUUAAAUAUUAUCUAUACCGUUAGCAGUGCUACGGUAUCGUUUCUUAAGACACUUGUUAUGCAGUUUGUAUAUUUUUAUUAAUGCAUUGGAUACCAUAAUUAAUGCAAUUACAAUUAGUAUUAUGGUUAUCCAGAACAAGUCUGCAUUUUGGACUUCUACUUUAUUUAUUACAUUGGCUGUAGAGUCCACAGUUUUAGUGUCUAUUAGACCCAUUUUGGGUAUACUAAUUUUAUAUUUUGGAGAAUAGAAUAGAAAAUUUCCUUUGUAUAUACUUUUAUUUUCAGUUUUACUUAUUUCAUUUGUCUCUAUAGACAUUUAUGUUUGGAAUUAUCUAUUUAUAAAAUCUUUCAAUGUUCGCAAGAGUAAAAAAAAUUGUAUUUUACAUUGUUGCCUGCCUGAUUCUAGCUAUGGCUUCACGGGCCAUAUUGGGUUAACAGGGCAUAAUAGUAUAUGCUCCGUUUUACAAUAUUUCUUACAAUUUUUCUUAUCUAUAUAUAUUUUAUAUUUACUUUAUAUUUAUAUAUAUUUAUUAUUAUAUUCUGCUGUUGAUGAUGCUCAUCAGGUGUCAGCUGGGCGUCGCCGGGGGUGGCACGCUGACACUCCCUCGCUGCUGUCUAUUUGUUGGGUGUCAGCUGGGCGUCGCCGGGGGUGGCACGCUGACACUCCCUCGCUGCUGUCUAUUUCUUCGCCGCUGAAGACGUCGAUGGUCGCUCACAAGUCCCCAGGCAGUGGGGACUCCAGAUUCCUUCGCAGCCAGGGGGGCAGGACUUCUUUGGUUUUGUUAAUGCUGGUGCUGGUGCUGGACAUGCCUGGUAUUUUGGAACUUCAUUAAUUGUGGGUAUAUUUUUAAUAUUAUCUGAGUGAGUUUUCUCGAGCUUAUGGGUCUUUAAUUCUUGCUGAUAUUGCAACAAGUGGUCUAGCUCUGCAUGUAGCUUUAGAGCUUUCGACCAAACCGGUGGCGUUUGCUGACCGUAUAUUAGCCACCUUACGUGGGCUAUACGUUUAUUCAGCUUAGUUUUCAAACCGCCACGGUGUUUGCCCAUACUCAAUAGAACUCUACUCACUCAGAUUUUUCCUUGGUUUUUGCAGUUCCAUUUAAUUAGUCCAGUCUUCUUCCAGUCCAGUGUUCCUUUGUUCCUUUGUUUUCACCAGCUUUGGUCAAUUCGUCCAGCGUUGGACGACUGUCACGGUCGCCAUGUAAUGAUGAACUCCAAUUAAGAACACAAGUCCGUUUUAAGUUGAAGGCAGCCGUCGGGCUGACAUAUAUUUAUUCAAUUUCUUCUUUUGAUUUUAGAGUAGGCAGAAAUGGUUCUGUCAGCUCAACGUCUACAGAGUCUCUCUGAUUUUACAGUUUUUUAUAUAUUUUGACUUAGGCUAAUCCGCGUAGCUGCGCUGCCGGGUACGCCAGCAGCGGAGCGGCGUUCUUAUGUAUAUCUUAUAUAUCUAGGCUUAUCGGGAGAGCGAGAUAUGUAUGUACGUAUGUAAUAUGUAUUUGGUCGGCGUGUGAAUGCUGACCAUGCACUUAUACUUUUUGCCUUCGAGUGGGUGAUCAUGUUACAUCUGCCCUGGCCUAACUGCGUGCAUAAACAUAAACAUAAACAUAGCAACAAAGUGCUGCCAUAAGUUAAUAUGCUAUUUUAUUUAAUUGUUCUUAAUAUUGCAUAGGCACAUACUACACCACAGAAUCGAUGCCGCCGCGGGGGCUCAGAUCAGUACAGUACAUGCCUAUAUGAUGAUGUGAGUAUUCGGGCCACUAAUCUCUGAUUACAAUCAAGCAAAUACCAAAUUUAAUCAUCGAUGACGGCUGUUCUUGGUUUAAUUUUUUCGACCAGCCAAGGAUUUUUAGAGUGGGAAUUAUGAGAGCAGUGUAAAGAGUUGUUUG